UUGAUUUAAAAUGGCUUCUUUAACUAGUUUCGAUUACAGCCAUAGAAAAUUUGCUCCAGAAUCACUGGUGACUAUCGUCUCCAAAGAUGGACAUUCUUUCACAACCACAAGAAGAAUUUUUCAUUGCUCAUCGUUACUUCAUAACAUCUGUAUUGAUUUAGAUCCUUACUGCAUUGAAAAUGAGACUUUUGAAGUUCCUUUGCCAACCCUUCUGGGAGUGGUAUUGGGUGCAAUUAUUGAAUAUUUGGAAUUUCAUCACGCUAGAGAGUCCUCCUCGGCCUAUUCAAAAAGAAGUAUUCUUCAAAUGUCUUUACUAAAAGGUUGGAAUUCACACUUUUGUGAAAAGCAUUCCAAUUUGGUUUACGAGUUCAUUAUCGCUGCUGACUAUUUGAACAUUCGCCCAUUAUAUGAAUUGGCUCUUAGUUAUGUUGCUCGUCUGAUUGAAAAUAAAUCUGCGGAUGAGAUCAGAAAGCUUCUAACUCAUGGGUAAUCAAUUUCU